AGGUGAAGGGAGGGAGCUGGAUGACUAACAACACUGAAAGCACUGAUAGGGCGCCAGAGGCGAGGAGGAAAACAUCAAGCGAGGGGAGUGGAAAGAGGGAGAGGCUGACUAGAGUGCUGCGAUGAAUAGAAGAGGACGAGGCAGAGAAACGUGACAAAAGAGGAACGAAGAAGAGCUGGACAUUGGGAUGGUGCCGAUGAUAAAGCCAUCUGGGUGUUAGGAGAAGAGCCGGCCACACAGUUAUGAAACACGAAAGUCUCCCGUCAAGAUGACUUUGCAGUUCGGAGGGAAAAUCACCUGUCAUGUUUCUUGCGCUGAUGUUGUUUUUCGGACUGUCUCUGCAGCAUUUCGCCUGUUUGUACUGUUUGACCUUCCUUAGUCAGCAGCCAGAGUGACUGCAGGGAAAAGGAGGGAAGCAUCAAAGGGAGUGUCAACGGGUGCAACUAGUAAAGUGGAAUACAGUAGUUGCUGUGGGAGUUGUUGCAUCCCAAGAGGACCGCUCACUUUAUCUGGCUCCCCCAGCCUCCACCCUCCCAAAAAUGUUCUUUACUUCACACCUCACCUGGAAGUCCUGAGCAUCCUGAAAAAUUGGAAUUUGGGGACGAUUGGACACAGUUUUUGGGUGAGACGUUCACCGGAUCUGGACUCAAGUUUUUGGGUGGGACCUUCCUUUUGUACUUGCAAUGGAUGUGUCAAGCAACCCCAAAGGUUGUCCAGCAAGUGGUACUCGGGUGGAAGACCCUCGGAUGGUGGACAUCAGAAUGGGGGAGAGAGAGCCACCAUUGAGGAUGUCCCCCUUCCGAAUGCUGCGUGUGCUUGACUCAUGCCGUCCACCGGGAAGCCGUAUUGGUAUCGUCCAUGAGAAUGUGAAGAUGGGCUCAGAUGGCGAGAGUGACCAGGCUUCCGGAACAUCUUCCGAUGAGGUCCAGAGUCCUGUAAGAGUCCGUAUGAGAAACAACCACCAUCGACGCAUCUCGAAUGAGGACAUAAACAAACGUCUGUCUCUCCCAGCUGAUAUAAGGCUACCGGAGGGCUACUUAGAGAAGUUUGCCAUGAACAGCCCACCCUUUGACAAGCCCAUGAGCCGCAGGCUACGACGCGCUUCAUUGUCUGAAAUCGGCUUUGGGAAACUUGAGACGUACAUCAAACUGGACAAAUUAGGGGAGGGAACAUAUGCUACAGUUUUUAAGGGGCGAAGCAAGCUAACAGACAACUUAGUGGCCCUGAAAGAGAUCCGACUGGAGCAUGAAGAGGGUGCACCUUGCACAGCCAUCAGAGAAGUGUCUCUACUGAAAGACUUGAAGCACGCCAAUAUUGUCACUCUCCAUGACAUUAUCCACACUGACAAGUGCCUGACACUCGUGUUUGAGUAUCUGGAAAAAGAUCUGAAGCAGUACAUGGACGACUGUGGGAGCAUAAUGAGUGUACACAAUGUCAAGAUUUUCUUAUUCCAGCUGUUGAGAGGCCUGGCUUACUGCCAUCAAAGGAAGGUUCUACACCGGGACCUUAAACCCCAAAACCUCCUCAUCAAUGAGAAAGGAGAGCUGAAACUUGCAGACUUUGGUUUGGCCCGGGCCAAGUCUGUCCCCACAAAGACCUACUCAAAUGAAGUAGUGACAUUAUGGUACCGACCUCCAGAUGUGCUUCUAGGCUCCACUGAGUACUCUACGCCCAUAGACAUGUGGGGUGUGGGCUGCAUCUUUUAUGAAAUGAUAACAGGGAGGCCUCUGUUCCCCGGAUCCACCGUGGAGGACGAACUUCACCUCAUAUUCCGCAUCCUCGGCACCCCGACAGAGGAGACCUGGCCUGGUAUCAGCACCAGUGAAGAGUUUAAGACGCAUAAUUUUCCCAAAUACAACGCAGAGCCGCUUGUGAACCAUGCUCCCAGGAUAGACAACGAUGGUCAUGACUUGCUCUCGGUGCUUCUGCAGUUUGAGGCAAAAAAGCGCGUGUCGGCUGAGGAUGCUCUCCGACACGCGUAUUUCCGAACUCUUGGCGAGCAGGUUCAAACCCUGGCUGACACUGCCUCGAUCUUCUCCAUAAAAGGCAUUCAGCUCCAGAAAGACCCAGGGAAGAGAUCCUCAGCCUACCAGGAGUCAACCCUGGCCCAUAAGCUAGGCUCCGCACCCUCGCAGUACUUCCAGAGAGAAGCAGCCAAUCCCAGGCCUCAGAGUCACAAUCUCUCCUCCACUUCCACUGGCUGAGUGGCCACUACCAUUCUGGUAAAUACGGUCUCUUUCACACUGUCUCUAUCAUGUUUCCUUUUCUUUCCAUUUGACGUGUCACUUGGCCGCUUUUCCCCUCGCCAUGCUCUUUGUUUGCCACAUUUUGUCUGUAUGUGUGUCCUAGUUAAUGAGCCAAUUAACCUCUCAUCCCUCCUCGGAGGAGGCGCUCAUGUACUGCUCACGCUUGUCUUUUCUUUCUCCUUUCUGGCUCCUCACAUUGCACGUCCUGCUCCCGCAUCUCAAUUUUCACUUUGACCGUCAUCUUCUUGUUCUAAGAGAAAACCUGCUCCGAGCCUUUCUGUCAGGACUGAAAGACACAGCAGUGUAUGGGUAAAAAGGAAGGAAUCUGAUGGGGAGUCAUUUGAUUCUUUUUAUGUGUAGUCCUUUUUAGGUUUCUCCAGUGAGAGAGGUAGUCUUUUUGUUGAGCCUGUAGGUAAGGGCCUGAAGUGGUGUGUCUUCUUAAUUGGAAGCAUGGUUAUGGUGUGGCUUUUGUUGCGGUGUUUGACAUGAUGCCCGUAAGUAUAUUUACAUGGGGUUUUCUGUAUUGGGACAAAAUAGACAGUACAACUACUACUAUUCGUAUGUAUUUUUUAGAUAAUUAUUACAAUUUUGUAAUACAGGACAUUGUUCGCCAUUGGUUUGCUCCGAUAUUUGCUUUUAUGUGAAUUGUUACAUGUUUUCAUCUUUUUUUUUUUGUAUUCCCCAACAUGAAAAUCUAUUUUUUUCAAAAUGAAAAUGUAUUUUCCAAAACUUAUCAGCAUUUAACAUUUAGCACCAUUGAAGAUGACAAAAUAAGUGUGAAAGAAAACCCAGGAUGAAGCUGUCUCUGAAACUGACAAAUUUGCCUGUGGGUCUCAUAUCCCAAAAUGAUAGCUAAUCCCCCACAUUAAUCCCUGCAGCCCAAAUUUUACCGACAACUUUCAAAUGUGGUCGAGGCAGUUCUGGCAAUCCAGAAAUGAUGUGGGAAUAAAAUGAGCUUGAUCACAUACUGCUCUAAUCUUCCAUGUCUGGUACCUGUAUUUCCCGUGAUGGUCUUAGUGUGACAGCUGCUUGUUUGCCCAACAUGUUUGUCUGUGUCUGUCUCUCAGCUCAGGGGAAGGGCAGACGGCAGAGUGUGUUGUUCUAGUGUGCGGAUGGCCCCAGAAGUGAGGAGGUCGACGACCGGAGGAGCAGUGCUAUCAGACACAAACAUUAUGCGACCACACCACGCGCACUGAAGGAGCGACACACUCUCACUCAAAGACGAAAAAUGAUUCCCAUGUCCACAUAGAAACAUGAACAGAUCUGGGACUAAAGAGUUCAUACGCAACAGACAUCCAGAUUCACGUUAACCCCUGAAGAAAAUGUGUGUGAUCACAAAAGUGGAAAGUGGGAGAGUUGGUGAUUCUCCCUGCUGCUAUUACCGCUGCUCUCCAGAUGAGGGCAAUGUUGAGGUGGGCCAGAACAAAACUUGAACUGUGAAGAAGGCGCAGGUGUGACAGUGGGCCUGUUUCAAAAAUGAAUUCCUUACUACACUAAAGUCUCUUCCCACUCUUCUGGACUGUUGCUGUACAUAAACAGACUGCGCUGUUCUUUAUUGUCCUGAAAUGCCGCGGCCUCAAUCCAAACUCAAAAUAUUGCACCUCACCUCGGCCCUUUAUUAUGUGAUCACACACACACAUACAAACUAGCUUGAACUCGCUAGCUCCAUGCUUCUUACUUUUCUGCACACACGCUUUUGUUUCACUUGAAAGUCCGAAGUGUAUAUCAGCGUGGGUUGACACAGAUUACAUUUUUAGCACCUUACUGUCCACUAUAGGUCAGGGACACUGUCAAAUACUGUACCUCAUCUCUCAGAGUUGGGUUAUAAGUAGAGUGAUGAUAACUCUAAAUAAUGAACCAAAAAAAAAUCUGAUCAUUGAAAAUAUUAGGUCACUAUAAUCUUGGACACUGUAAAGCUCCAGUCAACACCUUGUAAGGACAAUGAGUAGAAGAAAGUGUACAAGUCCUCACCUGCUUAUCCUUAGAUGCCCCCUUUGCCUUGACUCACAAGUGAUUUUACCGGUGUUGUUGUGGAACUGUUCUUUGCACCUAAUUUUACCUCUGGAUCACCAGUUGAUGAUUCGACAGCCCCAUUCCUCUCCAAGACCAGCUCCAAGUGCAGUGUCUAUUUUUACACUUGAUUUUAUUCCUAUUUGUAUAUAAGAUCUUACUUUGUACUUCUCAGAAGCAAUGGUAUUUCUCAGUCUUUGCUGUGCUCCCGCUGUAAUAGUUGGUGACUAUACGUGUUGCACAUUCCUUGAGCUCAGGACUUAAUUGCUUCUGUCAUUCUGUGGGUGCUGCAAGGUGGCGGCUGAAGCUCCAUGAAUCCCCUUUAGAGCAGAAUAUGUUGCCCUGAAAUCCCCUUGUAAGGCUUAAUUAAGAAGGAUCUUUCCACAUUGAUGCGCCAGUUCUUUGUGUUGCUCGUUCUGUUUUUUAGACUCCAGUGAGACUACCAAGUGUACGUAUAGUCAAAACCAUCUUAAAGCAUGCUUGUGUAUUGGACACGCUCAUGUUUCCAGGUGGUAUGUGAAAUUGCUGGAGAAGAUAUGUCACCAGAUGAGUACAGUGUUUGCAUGCCACGUGAGCUAAUAAUCAUCACAUAAGCAUUGACCCCAACGAUAUCAAUGAAAAUAGGAUUCUAUAACAAUGUGAUGCCGUGCUUCAGCACCAAAUGAUAACUUGAGAGCAUCCAGUGCAUUAAUAGUCUGUUGAAGCAGAUCAUUUGAUAGUUAGCGGUAGUGAUGGGGAAAAUGAAGCUUCAUGAAGCACAGACAUUUUUGACUCCUUUAAAAUGUGCUCUUGGUUUGAAGACAAAAGGCUCGUGCAAUGGAAAUUUAUAAAACUUCCACUGCAUCCUCAAACCAAGACUGCCAAAAUGAUUACAAGUGUUUCAUGAAGCUUCAUUGGUCCAUCACAAGUUAGUGGGACUUGAAGCACUCCGACACACUGUUGUUUUGAAUUUCUAGCUGCCACAAACCUCCAAGCGCACAACCGUUUCACACACCAGUAAACUUGUGUGUCAACAUGUACUGUAUCGCUGAGAUGGAUUAUGGCUACUGAUUGGAGUGUCGCAGCGUUGUGGCGCUGACCUCGGAUCAGAGACUGGCGUGUCACGGUCUUCUGGCAUUGACCUUGGAACAAUUCGGAGUGAGAGGCGAUCCCAGGUCUGUGCCGAGUCAGGACUACUCCACCUAGUGCGUGACAGUAUGUAGCAUGUACAUAGAUGAUGUCUCACUUUGUAUAUAGAGAGAAGUGUUUAGGUUUGAUACAGCUAUUCACAUUCUGCCCUGUUUGUGUUUCUUUAAUGAGAGUCAUAGCAAUAUUUCUGUAAUCAAUAAAAAGCCAACGUAGGGUGUAAUGGGGUGAUUGGUUAUUUAGAGUGGUGACUGAAUGAUUAAACUGUGAGACUUGACAAAGAAAGCGACAAGGAGGUUCGUUUUUGCUGUGUAACAUGCAAACGGGUUUAAAAAAGGUUGGCACUUCUACAGGGUCGCUAAAUACACCCAGAUUAUUUUGGGGUGUUUUUGCAGUGAAAGCCAUACUAGUGGUCAUGAGGUGAUGAAAAUCUGGUUGUGCAGAGUGGUUUCCUUGAAGAGAGAAAGAGAUGUGUACAUCAAGUUCAAAAUAAAAGUUGUGUUAUUA